AUGUCUUACAAGGCACCGGACUCUCAUUCGCCUCACGGCAGAUCUAAUACCCGGGGUGGCCUUGCUGGUCUCGGCCUUUCCACAAGUAAGUCGGGCGGCUUCUUCGACCAUCAGCGUACGCUUCCGUUGUACAAGGACAAGCCCUAUUUCACACCGAAGCGAACGACCCCGAGACGACGGUGGAGAUAUAUUGGGGCGGUGUUCGGAUUUUGCGCGUUGCUAUUUUUCUGGUACAAUUCAUCGUCUUUUUCGUCGCCGUCAGGUUCGGAUUCGAGGGAUAAGGGAUUACAACUUUGGAAAUGGAUGCAAACAUUACAAGAUGAGGUCCCUGCGUCAAAAAUAGAUUGGGAGGCACGUCGAGAGAAGGUGCGGGAUGCCUUUAUAGUCAGUUUUGAGGGGUAUGAAAAGGAUGCAUGGGGUUUUGACGAAUACAGACCCAAGUCUGGUAUCCAUAGAAAUAUGGUACCAGGUGGACUUGGCUGGAUGAUUGUAGAUUCAUUGGAUACAAUGAUUCUCAUGAACCUGACCUCUCAGGUCCGACAUGCCCGGCAGUGGAUCUCCACCUCGCUGCAGUAUAACCAGGAUCAUGACGUGAGCACGUUUGAGACAACCAUUCGCAUGCUUGGCGGCUUGUUAUCUGCGCAUUACUUGUCUACCAAAUACCCGGACUUGGCACCCAUCACAGAUGAUGAUGUUGGUGCAGCCGGUGAGGAUCUGUAUAUUGAAAUGGCCACGGAUCUUGGAGACCGGCUUCUUGGAGCCUUUGAUACAGGUACUGGAAUUCCAUAUUCCAGCGUGAAUCUUAACAAAUCCAUGGGACUAAGGUCGAUGUUUGAUGGUGGUGCUGCCUCCACAGCUGAGGCGACGUCGGUUCAGCUGGAAUUUAAAUAUUUGGCUAAGCUGACCGGAGAAGCGGAAUACUGGAAGACUGUGGAGAAAGUAAUGGAGGUUGUUGAUGAACAAAAUCCUGAGGAUGGCCUUGUUCCUAUCUACAUUCAUCCCGACAGCGGAAAGUUCCAAGGUCAGAAUAUUCGCCUUGGUAGUCGGGGUGAUUCAUACUAUGAAUACACGAUAAAGCAGUAUCUGCAAACCUCCGAAGAGGAGCCUAUCUAUAAACAACUCUGGGAUGAAUCAUACCAGGGAAUCCGCAAAAAUCUGCUUACCUUGUCCAAGAAUGCACAACUCCUAGUACUGGGUGAACGUCCUGACGGCUUAGGCGGCUCUGUUUUCCCGAAGAUGGACCAUCUUGCGUGUUUCAUGCCAGGAACCAUUGCCCUCGGCGCUACAAGUGGUCAGCUCCUAUCAAAGGCCAGACAGUCCCCCGCCUGGACUCAGCAGCGCGAGGACGAGAUUCUUGUCGCCCGUGAGCUGAUGAAAACCUGCUGGGCAACCUACCGAAACACAGCAACAGGUCUUGCCCCCGAGAUCUCCCACUUCAUUCUUGACAAAGAGCCGGUUAUGAUGUCGGAAAAAUACCCUGAUCCCGCUUUAUCCACCGGUCCACCACAUGAAAUCCAAGGCAUUUCCCUUCCAUUGAGUGCUCAGCUAGACGGUUCUGAACCCUGGCGUGAGGAUAUCGAUAUCCACGGAAAUGAUGUCCACAAUCUUCAACGCCCUGAAACCGUCGAGUCCUUGUUCUACAUGUACCGUAUCACCGGCGAUGUGAUGUAUCGCGAAUGGGGAUGGGAUAUGUUCAAAUCAUUCAUUCAGCACACCUCAGUCCUUGAGAAUGCUAAUGGAUCACCGAUUACCUCCGAAUCUACCGGUCCACAACGCGUGAAGAGUUUCACAUCCCUGGGCAAUGCCAACGUCGUUCCGGCUGAGGACCGGGAUAACAUGGAGAGUUUCUGGAUGGCUGAGACACUGAAGUACUUCUACCUCUUGUUCUCGGAUCGGGACUUUAUUUCACUCGAAGAACAUGUGUUUAAUACUGAGGCGCAUCCCAUGCCACGAUUUAAGCUGGGUGGGGAUUUAAAGACUGGAUGGGAGCGUAAGCCUCGACAAUAG